AUGAACUCCCUACGAAACUCGUUGCAAGGUCUUUUUCGUUUUGCGCCUGUUGCUCGAACCGCGGGCUCUAAAGCUACCACUCGACACAUUUCGCAUAUACAGAGACGAUUCGUAUCCUAUCAGCGCUUUCCAGAAAGAGGUGGGAGCAGACCGAACUCGGGGCCAUACAGCAACUUUGCGCCAUUCGCGAGAGUCCAAUAUAUAUGGCGAAAUUACAAAACCAUCGUAAUUGUUACUGGGGCUGGGGGUGGCACUUUCUAUGUGGUCAACCUGGAAGAGGUGCCUGUCACAGGGAGAAGGAGGUUCAAUAUUGUCUCUCCCGAGAAUGAGAAAGCACUGGUCUCGGAUUCGGCAUAUCAACAAACACUUCAAGAGUUUAGAGGUCGAAUCCUUCCCAAAGAACAUCCAUAUACACAGCUUGUUGCCAGAAUUGUCACAAGAUUGCUCCCGUCUGCCCAUGGCCUCGAUGGCGGAGAUUGGCAGGUUCAUGUUAUUGAUGAUCCCAAUAACGUGAAUGCGUUCGUUAUGCCUGGUGGAAAAGUUUUCGUGUUUACAGGCAUUAUACCUAUAGCACAAGACGAAAAUGGUCUAGCAGCUGUGCUGGGCCACGAAAUAGCUCACAAUGUCUGUCACCAUGUCGGCGAGCGUCUGUCGAGGCAGGUUUUCACGAUAGCUGCUGCCCUGCUCAUCUCUUCAGUGUUUGACAUUUCAGGUCAAAUUGGUAAUUCCAUAGCUGACCUCACACUUACACUACCCAACGGCAGAACGCAAGAGUCCGAGGCGGAUCACAUUGGUCUCCUGAUGAUGGCAGAAGCAUGUUACGAUCCUCGAAGAGCUCCAGGUCUAUGGAAGCGCAUGGGUGAAUUUGAAAAAAGAAAAGGCGGUGCACCUCCCCAAUUUUUGAGUACACAUCCGAGUAGCGGCACUCGUGGUGAGGCCAUGGAGAAGUGGAUGCCUCAGGCUAUGGAGAAAUACAACGAGAGUGAAUGUUCGAUCACGGCAAGGGGAUUUGACGAGUUCAGGAAGAUUGCGGAUGUUGGAAGACGCAUGCCAGGGACAAUGAGUGUGCUGACUGGAGGUCGCGCGUCGAGGGAGAAUGAGGAUUGGCCUUUCUAA